UUUCGGCGCGUAACGUCAUAGUUCUAUAUAAGCUAUUGAGUGAAGAUGGCGGAGGCUGCUGCUGCUCCACAACCCCGGUUCUUCUGUCAUUGCUGUAAAGGUGAAAUCGACCCCAAGCUGCCGGAAUAUGUUUGUCCCAGAUGUGAAUCUGGCUUCAUUGAAGAGGUGUCAGAAAACUCCAGUCUUCUUCUUCAGAGUCGUGAUGGGGCUGGCAGUGAUGACGUGGCCUCACAGUUUGCAGAGCUGUGGCAGCUGCUCUUCAUGGAACAUUCUGCCCUCCUAUCCGACCCCACCGUCACAGACGCGCUCCGCAGCCGCUCUGGGGUCGAGGCAGCAGUUGGUGAUCCUGCCUCUGGGACAGCAGGACCUGUAGCUUCCGUGGAGACUUUGUUAGACUGCACAGAGCCUGCUCUCCACCCUCAACAAAACAGCCAGCAGCGAAACUCUAGACUGGAUCAGGGACAGGCUGUGGAGGGGAUUGUCCAGCAGUUCCUGGAUGGUCUGUUUUCCAGUUCUGACAGUGCAGGUUCCCAAACCUCCUCAUGGUCUAGCAUGCUACACUCUAACCCUGGAGAUUAUGCUUGGGGACAAGGAGGUUUAGAUGUGGUCAUCACACAGUUGCUUGGUCAGUCUGAAAAUACCGGCCCCCCUCCUGCCGAGAAGGAGAUGAUCUCAUCUCUCCCCACUGUUAGCAUCUCCUCAGAACAGGCUGCAUGCCGACUGGAAUGCACUGUGUGUAGAGAGGAAUACUCUGUAGGGGAAUCUGUCCGACAGCUGCCCUGUCUGCACUACUUUCACAGCAACUGUAUUGUGCCCUGGCUACAACUGCAUGACACCUGCCCUGUCUGCCGGAAAAGUCUGGAUGGUGAAGACCGGGGUUUCCAGCCACAUACAGGACCUCCUGGGCCAAUCCCCUCACCGACGAAUGUAGAGGAACGUAGCACCUUUGAGACUAUUUAGCCUCCUUUUCCUUCCUAUUUUGAUUAAUCCAGGACAAAGAGAAGCACCAUAGCCAUGUGCACCAGUGCUUCCUAGAGCCCCUAAAAAGACCUUCCAGUCAAGUGCCUUCUAUUUUGAGAGACAUUUUAAUUUAGACAGCCCUUUUUGAAUUAAUAUACAUUUGAUAAGCAUCUAUAUCUGUUCAUUUUGUUUGUAUAAUGUUUGUGAACUAAAAUCCUGCCAAGGAUGUUUACAGUCCAACCUGAGCAAACGCAUUUCAACUUUGACUUCCCGUUUUGAUAAUUCCAGGUUGGAAUAAACACAGUCUCUUUGGUGGGCCGCAGGACUGGAGCUCACAACCACUGAGAUAGAUGAUACAGAUGUCUCAGGGGAUACAGUUCAAGUUGCAUAUGCAUAUUUAAUGGCAUGGCACACGUUUACCCUAUAGCUUCUUCAGAGCUCUCGUUUCAAUACCUCACAAAGAAGUCAGCGCACAGUUCACUUUCCCUUGCCUGUCAUCUGCUUCACACAUGCCUUCACUCUUUUGAGGGUAUCAUAGAAACACAAGGAUUUAGAUACCUGCUUAAGUUUUGCACUGUGAAAUGUUCAGUCUGCUCUACAUGUUUUGGGUUGAUAGUUUACACUUUUAUGGUUGAUGUUGACUUACAUUGCUACAUAUAGUUUGUGGGUUUUUGUAGAUAGAUUUAAAAAAGUACUUACUGUAUUCACAUAUUUUGAAGCUGUUUGAUGUUCCUCUGGGUGCUUUUGUCCUCGUUCUCAGGGUUCCUUGACUUUCUGCUCCAUAUUUUGAUAAUAAGAUACAGUCCCACUUAUGAGAAUGUUCACUUCAUAAUAUGGCCUUUGAACAUUUUGAAUGUCAUUUGGAAUUUUAUACCACACACAAUCACAAAAGUAAAUGUUAAAUGUUUACAAGAAAAAAAAAUGUUACAAUAAAUAACUAAAAAAAGGCACAUAAAUUAUAACCAUAAGCCAACCUAUUACAUACUGCACUCUCAAAGCAAAUAAAUAAAAAUAUUUUAUUAAAA